UGACUCGCACAGCCAGUGGCACUGAAGUCAGUUGCAGCAGUGAAAUAAAACACAACCCUGGAUUGAAACCUGGGACCUUGAGCCUGGAAGAACAGCACCGGUGCCAGGAGAUAUGUCUGAUUCUAACGUUCAGUCUAAGAAGGCCGGCAUUCGGGCAGCUGUCAUCCUGAUUGGACUACUGCACAAGUCCAGGAGGCACAAGGAGAGAGAGCGGGAGAGAGAGAGGGAGAGAGAGAAGGAGCGGAAGCAAGAGCUGCUGACCAUCUCAAACGUUCCUGUGGGAGAAUGUCCACCAUCACCACCGCGCACUGCGCCACCCACUAUGAAGUCUGCCGAGUUCUUCGACAUGCUGGAGAGGAUGCAGGACGACUAUAUCCCGUAUCCCCGGAUCGAAGACGUGCUGGAAAAAGGAGGACCGUAUCCACAAGUGAUCUUGCCGCAGUUCGGAGGUUACUGGAUCGAGGACGUGGACGCUACAGUGGGCACACCGACGUCCUCAGACAGCAGCUUUUGUGAGGAAGAGGAUGCUGAAGUCGCAGGACCAGGAGGAGAUGGAGGAGGAGGGUUUGGGUACAGACUGGAGAGCAACAGCACAGCACGAGCGUACCGCAAACACUUUUUUGGAAGAGAACACAUGAACUAUUAUUGCACAGGCAGUAGCUUGGGAAACCUCAUUAUGUCUUUAAAGCACGAGGGAAAUGAAGGUCAGGAAUUCCUUCGUAUUAUGCUCAGGUCAAAGACAAAGACGCUUCAUGACAGAAUUCCACUGGAGGGACUCAACCAGCUACCCAGUGUUCCUCAGAUAGCCAAGCUGCUUUGUGAUGAUGUCACAGGUCUGAAGUUUAAUCCUGUCCUAUACCCGAGGGCCUCUCAGCUGAUAGUUGGCUUCGAUGAGCACGAAAUUAACAACACUUUCAAGUUUGGGGUCAUAUAUCAGAAGUUCGGACAAACGUCUGAGGAAGAGUUAUUUGGGAAUAAUGAAGAGACGCCGGCAUUUGCCGAAUUUCUCAGUGUGCUGGGAGACAAUAUAGAGCUGCAGGAUUUUAAAGGGUUCCGUGGUGGUCUGGACGUGUCUCAUGGACAAACCGGAACUCAGUCAGUCUACACUGUUUUCCGAAACCGAGAAAUCAUGUUCCACGUAUCGACUAAACUUCCCUUCACAGAGGGAGACGUACAGCAGCUGCAGAGGAAGAGACACAUCGGGAACGACAUUGUAGCUGCGGUUUUCCAGGAAGAACCCACUCCGUUUGUACCUGACAUGAUCGCGUCUAAUUUCCUCCACGCCUAUGUGUUAGUGCAAGCUGAAAACCCCUGUACUGAUCACACCACCUACAAGGUUUCUGUCACAGCUCGAGAAGACGUCCCUCUGUUCGGACCACCUUUACCUAAUCCUGCCGUUUUUAAAAAGGGUCCUGAAUUCCGUGAAUUUCUGCUCACGAAGCUGAUCAACGGCGAAAAUGCUUGCUGCAAGUCUGACAAGUUUGCCAAGCUGGAGGGAAGGACGCGAGCAGCACUCUUGGAUAAUCUGCAUGAUGAGCUGCACAGACAGACCCAGGCCACGAUGGGAGUGGGUUCGGUCGCAGGGGAGGACAAGCUGGAGAACGGAGGGCAUGGAGGUCUGCUCGAGUCCUUUAAGAGGGCCAUGAGGGUGAGGAGUCACUCCAUGGAGACGAUGGUGAGUUCUCACAAGCACAAAGCCGCAGGAGGUGGUGUACCAUCCAGUAUGAGUGGAGGAGGUCUACCGCAGAGCAGUGCUGAGUGCACCAAGAGUACCUUUACGCCCCCAGUGUUGUCAGCCAAGUCUCCAAUGAAGAGUCCAGUAAAGCGGCGCUCAGGCUUGUUUCCCAGGCUACACUCGAGCACAGAAAGUCCUACUGAGAGACAUUCACCCCGCAGUGAUCAGAAGUCAGCAGAUGUAUUUCCACACUCACAGGAAGUAAGGUCGGAGACUUCAUCCAAUCCAAGCUCACCAGAGAUCUGUCCAAGCAAGGAAAGGCCGUUUGUGAAGCUGAAGGAGUGCAGCAGCCGAGGCAACAUCUCCCGCUCGUCCUCUAGCACCAGCAGCUUUAGCAGCACAGCUGGAGAGGGAGAAGGCCUGGAGGAGCUUGACAUGACGGGAAAAGUCAAAUUUCACCCAAGUCAAACCUGAAGUUUCAUUUUUGACAAGCUGAGCCACAUGACUUAAAAAAGGGCAUUUUAGAGAGAUGAGAGCGACUACAGAGAAUGAGCAGGCAGUGUAGCUUAAAUGGAGCCAAGAGACCGCCUAUCAAAGCAAGAAGGGACCAUUUGUUGUACGCAACACAACCACCUUCAUUACUGCUCUCCAACACACACCUUUCUAAACUGCACACAAACACACACGCUGUGGAGGUAACGCCAAGAUGCCAAAGCAAGUCUUAACAGAAGAGAAGGCUACAUAGGUUCACUUUAUGGUCAGAGUUGCUUAUCAUGCAAGUACAGUAGCUGACAAAAAAAAAAUGCAGAAUAACAAAAAUCAAUGUUGCCAUUUUAUUUUUGUUUUUGAUAAAUUAUCAUUUGAGGAGUCGCAUGCGAUAUGUGUUGUAUACCGUCUGAUGACCGUGGCUUCAUACUUUUAAAAUUUCAAUUGCAAUUUGUGACUUAAAUGUGAUUACAAAACAUAAGAUACACAAAAAUACAGCAAAGAUACCACUGAGACUAUUGCAAGCCAUAAUGCAAAUAUAGUUACUCUUUUUUAUUUCCUUUAUUUAUUAUUAUUAUUAUUUUUUUUUAAAAGCACUGUCUGUGGUGUAUAGACAUUACCUGCUGGCCAAAAAUGUGCAUGUGGUGGCCUGGGAAAACCUUUACACGAUAAAUUUAUUAUUAUACUAUUAGUAUCAUUAUUAUACUACAUAAACAGUAGCUCUAAAAAUGUGCAAAAUGUUUAAAGAACAUUUAUAAAACAUGCUUUCCACCUAAAUGAAAAGUAAAAAAAAAAAAAAGAUCUGGCAUCAUGAACGUUUUACCAAUAAAUAUCAGAUAACAAAAUAAAUGUAUUAUGCAUUACGUCCUCAUGAAAUGGGACAUGUCUAUCCUAAAACUUGAUAAAAGUGUGACAUUCCUUUGGCUGGCAAAGAUUUUGAGAUUUCUUACCAAACAUGAUGUUUGCAGGAAAAAAGCCUACAUUUUGAAAGUGAAUAUAUAUAUAUAAAACUUAAUAUUUAAGGGCUUUUUUUUGUAAAAAAAAAAAAAAAAAAAAUUAAAAAGUCUAUUCUUGUUUCUUGAAGUAGUCGUGUCAAUGCAUGCCAUUGGCAGAAACUGACAGAUGUAAAAAUAAUAGAUAAGUUUUACCUUAUCAUCUCAAAAUGUUUUUAUUUUUUUUUGCAUUAAAAUUUUUCACCUCCGGCUUGUGCAUUAGGGACAAAAUGGUACAGCUAAAAAUGUAUAUAUUUAAACAAUGUCACACAAGACGGAGUGCUGUAUCGCUGAAUAUAUCACAGCUGUAAUGCCUUCAACCGCAUCACUGCCAUCCUAUAUCCAUCAAUACAGCCUGACCUCGAGUGUGUACAGUACAGUCACAUGCUAAGUAGGAUGACCUACUUUCACCCAUGCUGCAACCGGCAUUUAGUGUAAUUAAUGGUUAUUAGAACACCUGUGAUGUGGCGUGAUGAAUAUAAUUAAACAUCCCAGUGGUGGUACAGUACCGUCCAUUAUCACCACUCAUGGAAUGCUUCUUGUCCAAUCAGAUUGCUCGGUUGGAACUGACUGGUCUACAAUUUACAAUUUAUCUUUAGAAUUUUUACUUCUGUGAAGCUGCUUUGCAACAAUGUAAUUUCUAUAAUGUAAGUUCUAUACAAAUUGAAUUGAAUUGAAAAAAGAGGGCUGUUUUCCAAGUAAGUUUUCCCUGACCACCACAUGUAAUAUUUUCAAUGUCCAACUUUAUUGACUUUCAGCUUUAAUGUCCUGUAAUGUUUUACAGUUAAAUUUUUACAGUUCCUUUAUGUGACCAAACCAAAAAUAUUACGCAAUGACUAAUGGUUUGUAAAAGAGAUAUAAGGGGUGUUAAGUCAAACCAGGACUUUUGAUUGUGCAGAAUAACAGAACAAAGUUAUGAGAGUAAAAAUAAUCCCCUCCUACACCAAUGCACUUUGCAUAAUGCAUCCCAGUGUUUUUUCUAAUGCUUGGAUAUUAUCAAGGUAGAGUGUUUUAGUAUGCCAGCACCAUGAUUGGACUGCCAGUUUCACAUCUAAAACACUGGCCUCCCAGGAACUCCUUUUAACGGCCUAAACAUGUGGAAAUGGCUUGGAUUGAGGUCAGGAUUGUACAGUAGAUGUGGCGAAACCCCAGCCAAUUUCCUGUAAUGUGCAAGUGGUAUUGCUGAAUGAUCAUGAACAAUGAGUAAUUUCAUCACAAGGUCCAUGUUGACUUAAACACCCCUCAUAUUUAUAUAUGACACUGAAAAUGUCAUUUCGGCCAAAUGUUUAUACAGAUUUCAAUGAUUCCUUGAUUAUUAGCCAUAUUACUGAUACUGACUUAGCCAAUGCAAACUGAAGUGCAA